ACCCUUUACACCCAGUGCUUCAUACAGUCAGACGCAGUUCUGGUGACAACUCGAACACUCCAACUUGCUGCUACGCAGAUCGUUCUCUUUUUAAAUGAACGCGUUUUGUUUUAAUCUGGGUAUUUAACAGUGUUUUUGCACAAACGGGACCUGACCCUAUUUGGGAACGCACAGCGCGUCGAGUCUUUACAUCGCUUAAAAUAGGCCUAUUCAUAAAACCCGAUUGCAGAUACAAAGUUUUUUUAGAGGUGUUUUUUUUAUUUUUGACAUAGCAACGACUGUAAUUUUUGUUUUUCCCGAAGAACGACCAUCAGGAUUUAAGCCCGGAGGAUUUAGGAGAAAUAGCAUGAUUCUUUGUGUACCAGGUCCUAGAUCUCUUCUGCCCAGUGCUCCGUCCACUGAAGGCCCACGGGGCAUGCGGGCGGGAACAGUACCUCCUAACCCGUGCCUUCAAAGCAGCCCUCCACUAUGGGACCCCACAAAGGACCUUCGGGCGAUUGCCAGCAACUUCUGCCAUCUAGAGAAUUCAGGGUGGUACUGGGGAGCCGUCACUGCCGCUCAGGCCCACGCUGCGCUCCAAGACGCAUCUGAGGGAGCUUUUCUGGUACGCGACAGCAGCCACCCUUUGUACAUGCUGACUCUGUCGGUCAGGACUGCUCGCGGCCCCACCAGCAUUCGGAUUCAGUACAGCAGCGCGCGGUUUCUGCUCGACUCCAGCUCCCCAGCCCGGCCCAGUCUGUCGUCCUUCCCCAACGUGCCCAGCCUGGUGCAGCACUACAUGGCGCCGGAGAAGAAAAGGGACGAGGACAAGGUGGAGGAGGAGGUUCCUUCGAAACUCUCUCAGCAGACGAUUCAGGAGACGUCUGUGGUGUUGAAACUGAAGCGAGCCGUGUACAAGCCUCAAGGACUUCCCUCCUUACAGCACCUCACACGCCUUGUCAUCAACAGGCACUCGGACUGCCCCGACCAGCUGCCACUCCCCAGGCCUCUGCUGCGUUACAUACAGGACUACCCAUUCCAAGUAUGAGCGGCCCUGCAAGUUCAUUAUUUUGUCACAAUCAGCUGCCCUGAAAGGAACAACGAACUCUCUACAGGUCUGUGCCUGUAAACGACACUGAUGUUCCAGCAGCUGGCGGCCAGUCACAAAGAGAAACUAGACACAGGGUCAUGUUUUCAAUGAUGAAAUGCGUACAAAGUCAGUCAUUACUGACUUGUCUGGUUUCAGACAUGGUCUGUCGAGGCCUGGGCGGUGAAGGACCCCAGGAAAAGGACAACUUGUGAGCAAACCUCAGUACUGUAACGUACACUUGUUUUCUAAUGGAUGUGGACUUUGUCCACAUCUAUUUUACCCCCAUCAGCUGUGUAUGUUCAUGUUUUUAAGAAGUACACAGAUUUCACUGAAACAUCGUUUAAGUUGUUUUAUAUAUAUCUCAGUAAGACAUUUUUUCUACCUUUUACAAGUACAUUUUUUAUUAAAAUAUGCAACUGUUAAA